AGUUUAGGUGAUACUGAACUAAUAGACUUUCAAAUUCACAAAAAUCCAACAUUCGAUCUGGUUUUGGGGCAAGAUUGGUUAUGGAUGCGUGAAGCAAAAAUAAGCUUUGAACAUUCUCCCAAAACCUGUGUCCGCUAUGCUAAAAUUGUAAUAGAUAGUAUGAGCAUCCCGUUAUUCGAUAAAGAUUUUAACAAAGCCAGCUCCACUAAAAAUAAUUUAUCUAAAUCAACGGAAUCUAAACCUGAUGCUUCUUCUAAUUCAGAUACUUCAGACAGCAAUUCAAUUCUUCCACAUCUAGUUCAGAAAUAG